AUGGGGCUAAUUCAAAGUUUGCAAAAAGUAUUCAAGAUGAAGGAUUUGGGUGACUUGAGUUACUUUCUUGGCAUUCAUGUACACAGAAUCUCUACAGGGUUGCAUCUCAAUCAAGCUAAAUAUAUCUAUAAUCUGCUAGAUCGUACCAAUAUGCUUGGUGCCAAGCCUUAUUCAGCUCCUUGUGUUUCUGGACAGAAAUUAAGCAAACUUGAGGGUGAUCCUUUACCUGAUCCCACCAUUUACAGGCAUAUUGUUGGUGCCCUACAAUACUACACCCUUACAAGGCCUGAUAUCUCAUACUCUGUCAAUCAACUAUGUCAGUUUUUACAUUGUCCUACAACUAUUCAUUUUACAGCAGCAAAAAGGGUACUAAGAUAUCUAAAAGGCACAAUUGAUCAUGGCUUAUUUUUCCAGCCAAGACCACUGCAAUUGGCAGCAUAUUGUGAUAGUGAUUGGGCUGGAGAUCCUCUAGAUAGAAGAUCAACUAGUGGCUAUGGAGUGUUUCUAGGCAACUGUUUGAUCUCAUGGCAAGCAAAGAAACAACCAGUUGUAUCUAAAUCCAGCAUAGAAGCAGAGUAUAGAGCUAUGGCUUUUGCAACAGUUGAGUUAUAUUGGUUAAGAAUGCUUUUCAAAGACUUGCAGUGUUCAAUUAAGUCUACUCCACAGUUGUGGUGUGAUAAUAUGGGAGCAUUAGCACUAGCUUCCAAUCCUAUUUUUCAUGCUAGAACUAAACAUGUGGAGGUGGAUUAUCAUUUUAUUAGAGAAAAAGUGCUUAACAAAGAUAUCAUACCUCGAUACAUAUCCACUGCAGAUCAGAUAGCAGAUGUCUUUACAAAGGGACUCACUUCUUCAAUAUUCUUGUUGCUCAAAGACAAACUAAUGGUCAUUGAAUCUCCCAUUAGUUUGACACGGGAUGUUAAGAAUAUCAUUUCAGUUCCAACUCUCAACAAUAUCUCAACAGAAGAACAUAUUUCAAAGGAUGACAGCUAUCGAUAG